UUGUUUUAAAAGUCCAAACUUGACCUACUUUAAUGGUUUAUAUCCCAACCCAAUUUUUCAUUUCAAGCUAGGCGUCAAAUAAUAGUGGGGAAAGCAGAAGCCUUUUAAUAGUUUAGGGUUAGGUUCUCUGUUUUAGGAUUUGGGUAUUUGGGGAAGAGGAAUUAGAAGGAAAAAUCAUCACCAUCCAAUUAUUGGAUAUGCAAAUUUAGAAUUUCUUGUUGAUCCAAUUUUUGGGGGUUUUAUAUCAAAGAUGGGAUUUGAGGUUUCUGAUGAGCUAUUGGGAACUUUCGUCCCAGUUUUGAUAUAUUGGGCAUAUUCAGGGAUUUAUGUGCUUCUGGAUUCGUUUGAGAAGUAUCGACUACACACCAGGAAAGAUGAGGAUGAGAAGAAUUUGGUGUCCAAGAGAACCGUGGUUAAAGGCGUUCUUCUUCAGCAGACCAUUCAGGCCAUUGUUGCUAUCAUUUUGUUCACGGUGACAGGAGAUGAUGGUGCAGCUGCAAGUGUAAAGCCUUCUUACAUAGAUCUAGCAAGACAGUUAGUUACUGCAAUGUUGGUUUUGGAUACCUGGCAAUACUUUAUGCACAGAUACAUGCAUCACAACAAGUUCUUGUACAAGCAUAUUCAUUCUCAACAUCACCGGCUUGUUGUGCCCUAUGCAUUUGGAGCCUUAUACAAUCACCCUGUAGAGGGUCUUCUCCUUGAUACAAUUGGUGGGGCCUUAUCAUUUCUCCUCUCUGGUAUGUCCCCUCGAGCCUCCAUAUUCUUCUUCUCCUUUGCCACCAUCAAAACAGUAGACGAUCAUUGCGGAUUAUGGCUUCCCGGGAACCUCUUCCAUGUACUUUUCAGAAACAAUACUGCUUACCAUGAUGUCCACCAUCAGCUCUAUGGAAGCAAGUAUAACUUCUCCCAGCCUUUCUUUGUCAUGUGGGAUAGAAUACUUGGUACCUAUAUGCCGUACUCAUUGGAGAAGAGAACAGGUGGGGGCUUUGAAGUACGACCUGCAAAAGAAGGGAAGGAUAUUUGAUUCUUACUGAGGAACACGAAUGCACUCGAAUCGAUUGUACCAGUAUUAUUCUUUUCCUCUUAGGGAACCACACUGCUUAUAUUUUGUACAUACAUAUAUAAUGUUGUGCCUUACUCUUUUGAGUUCCUUUUUGAAUGUGUUAAAAACUUAGUGUUAUGGAAUUGAGAAUUCUUGUACCCACUGUAGCUCAGGCGGUUUCAGUCUUUACAGGCUAUGUUGUUAUGCAGUACAUUUGUUUCUAAUUGCUGUAAAUGAUUGAUCAACACUCUGGUAGUGUGUUACGAUUUGUA